AUGGAUGCCUUUGCCUCCAUCCUCUCCGCCGAAAUGGCGAAAAAGAAAUCCGCUACGGCCCCUAAAUCCACAUCUACAGAUUCUACGGCUGCUACCAAUAGCGACGGUACCAGUAAAAAUGGUGGCAGCAAAUACGUCCGCCGCGCAGAUAUCGAAAAAGCCCGGCAGGAACAAUACCUAGCUGAUCAAGCCCGCCUCGAAUCCGAACGUGCGGAACGCACGCUCAAAAAACGGAAAGCAGACGAGGAGGCGGCUGCGGAGCGUGAACGACAACUUGAGAAACGUCAGAGAUUGCGGGAUGAGAAGGAAAAGGCUAGACUACAGAAGGAACGAGAAGAAGAGGAAGAACGGAAACGAAAAUUACGGGAGAAAACCGGUGUUACGGGCGAUACUGAUGAGGACGACGAAUCGAAGAAGGAUGGAACAGGCCCAAUGGACGAGAGUGCGGCUGUCCGGAAGCUACGAGAACUGAAUGAACCGAUUCGGUUAUUCGGGGAAUCAAAUGCACAAAGGAUGAAAAGAAUACACCGGCUCACGGGCGUUAGGAAAGCAACUCCUCCGCCUCUCUCCGGAGGCGAGCUUCUCAUCGACCCCCAAAAUGUCGCGAAGGAUCCCUCGUAUGUGUGCCGCCAGCUAUUAGGGUGGUUUCGACUGGUAGUUUCGGAAUGGCAGAUAGCGCUUGAGGGACGUGAAGAAGCACUACGGGAGUCGUAUCAGGGACGGCAAGCUACAACGGCCAUGACACAGGCGAUUGAGAAUCUACAGCCGCUAUUUAAACACUUGCAGAAAGGGGAUAUAGACGAGGAGAUAUUUGCGAAGAUAGUGGAGCUGGUUGUUGAAGCGCAGGCGAGGCGGUAUGUUAGGGCUAAUGACGUAUAUUUGAGGUUAAGUAUUGGAAAUGCAGCCUGGCCAAUCGGUGUUACCAUGGUUGGUAUUCACGAGCGUUCUGCUCGAGAGAAGCUACACGAGAAGGGCAAAUCGGCGCACAUUAUGAGCGAUGAGGCGACUAGAAAGUAUCUGCAAAGUAUAAAACGAUGUUUGAACUUCGCACAGACUAGAUGGCCACCAGAAGAUCCGAUGCAGAUUAUGGGUUAA